UGCGGGGAGAGAGAGCGUCGGCACCGAAGGAAGCGGAGACCAUCCGCCGCCGCAGUGGGAGGGAGGGGUGCGAGACGGCGGCGAGGGAGGCUGCACGGGCGAGCCCAAGGAGGCGGCCGCGGAGGGCACUCUAGGACCUCGCCUUCCGGUGGACAUGUGGCGGCGGCAGCAGUCUCUCCUCCGCCGGCUCCCGCAGCUGAGGACGGUGGCGCAUUCCCCUUCCCCGUGGCCGAGCGGCGGGCUGGGAUGCUACUACGGGUCCGCGCCGGAGGGGAGGAAGGGAAAGACGGCGCCCUUGCAGGCGCGGGGGAUGGUGGACAAGUUCCGAAUGCGCGCAAAGGGUGGCGACGGCGGCAGUGGCUGCGUCAGCCUCAGGCGCUCAAGGUCCGACCGCCAAGGCAGGCCCGACGGUGGUAAUGGAGGAAAGGGUGGUGAUGUCAUUCUUGAGUGCUCGAGGUCUAUCUGGGAUUUCAGUGGCUUGCAGCAUCACAUGAGAGGAGGCCGAGGCGGCAAUGGAGUUUCUAAGAAUCAGAUAGGAACAAGAGGUUCUGAUAAGAUCGCACAAGUACCAGUAGGCACAGUGAUUCAUCUAGUCGAAGGGGAGCAACCUUCUUUUGCAGUAAAUAAACCAACCAGAGCUCUCGAUCCCUGGGACACACCUGGUGUGGCUGAACACUCCUCUGCCAGUUCGAAUCAGAUUGAAAAUACGGUGACGAAAGGUUUUGAGGGUGGUGUAUCCCAUCGGCAUAUUGCUCUCAAGCAUAAUACUGAAGGAAACGAAACUGAAAAGGAAAGCAGCGGUCGGUCGGAAGAUCGAAAAUACUUGCAUGCAUGCUCCGAGCCUGGGUUCUCAAAUGCUGAUUGUGAUGUAAGAACCUAUCCACAUCAGGAGGAGAUAGAUGAAAAAGAUCAGAUUGAAAGUGAGGAUGAAGACUUUUGGGAGGAUGAAGACGAGUUCGACACUGAUGAGGAGGAGGAGGAGGAGGAGGAAGAGAGGGAGGAACAGGAUGUGCAAUAUUCUGUUGCUGAAAUGACAAAACCUGGGCAGCGGUUGAUCAUAGCACGAGGAGGGGAAGGUGGACUGGGGAAUGCUUUUAUCGUGAAGGAGAUGCGCCCAUCCAAGGCAUACAGACAAGAGAAGAUAGCCCGCUUGAGUACCGGAAAACCAGGAACCGAAACCUUCCUCGUCUUGGAACUGAAGAGCAUCGCAGAUGUCGGUCUGGUUGGAUUGCCUAACGCUGGAAAGAGCACAUUGCUGAGUGCUCUCUCUAGGGCACAGCCAGAGAUAGCGGACUAUGAAUUCACCACACUGAGGCCAAACAUUGGCAGCCUAACCUAUGAGGACUACUUCUCUGUGAAAGUGGCUGAUAUACCCGGUCUGAUCAAAGGAGCCCACAAGAACCGUGGUCUGGGCCAUGCUUUCCUGAGGCACAUAGAGCGCACCAAAGUUCUCGCCUAUGUGCUUGACCUUGCUGCCACACUCAACGGCAGGAAGGGCAUCCCGCCAUGGGAGCAACUGCAGGAUCUGGUCAUGGAGCUGGAGCAUUACCAAGAAGGAUUGACAAGGCGACCAUCACUGAUCGUCGCAAACAAGAUAGACGAAGAGGGAGCUGAUGAAAUGUAUGAGGAACUGAAGAGGAGAGUGCAGGGUGUCCCAAUAUUUCCAGUGUGCGCUAUCUUGCAGGAGGGGGUACCGGACCUGAGAGUUGGUCUUAGAAACCUAAUGGAUGAUUCAGGUCCCCAGGGCAUUGAUUUGAGAAAAAUAACUGUAUAAUGAGUCUGCAUGUUUCUUUGUCACCCAAAAGAUACUGACACAGAGGACAAGUGUGUUUGCGAUUUUCGCAUUCAGAACCACAUGAUCAGAUGGGUUAGAUAUUUUAUUUGCAAAUAUUUCUGUUCUUCCUUCCUUUUGAGUUACUUAUGGUGAUAGACCAUUUACAAAUGUUUCAGUGUAUAAUAAUAUCAAAGUGGGAAUUAGUAUUCCUUCUUAGUUCUUACCUUAGAAGAGCAGAGAUGUGUUGUAACUAAAAGUGGUUCUUUUGAAUCACUGAGUUACCUUAGGCAGGAAUAACUCAAGUGGCACGAAAAUAUGUUUGUGUCAUGCUGAAAGAUGGGAAAUUCCAUUGAACUGUACUCUUCUCAGCGAAGGCAAAUAUUUUAAGGUCAUUGUGUGUGCUGCUUUCUUC